UGUUGGACUCUUCGCCUAGUUGCAAUUCAAUGCAGUCCAAGGCUGGGGACACCUGAAAAAUAAUUUAAAAAGAGGGAAGACAUUUGAGGAUUUUAAUUCUUUAAGAAAAGAAUUUCUUCUACUUGACCUCAAUAUUCUUAUUUCCUGCAUGGUUGUUCUUGAAAACUGUGAAUGAUCAAUAGACAGCAUGCAUUUGAAAACUGGAUUAAUAUUUCUGAUCAUUUGCCUUGCUCUCCAAGUUCAGGGAAGCAGAGAAAUUCCUAGUAAGAUAAACCGUAGCGAAGCCAAACAUCUUGCCGAUGCCUCAGGUUCAGACAAAACAGAAAGAACGACAAAGAGGUCCAGAGUAUCAACCAUAAGGCGGAUAUUUGACAUGGCAAAACACCGAACAAAGAGGUCAUCCUUUUUCUCCACUGGUGUGAAAGUUUGCCCACAAGAAUCAGUGAAGCAGAUUUUAGCCAGUCAUCAAGCUUACUAUAGGUUAAGAGUCUGCCAGGAAGCUGUGUGGGAAGCCUUCCGUAUUUUUCUGGAUCGGAUUCCUGAUACUUCUGAAUAUCAGAACUGGGUUACUGCCUGCCAGAGGGAAACUUUCUGCAUUUUCGACAUUGGCAAAAACUUCAGCAAUUCCCAAGAGCACCUGGAAAUAAUCCAACGGCGAGUAAAACAUAGAACCUUCCAGGAAAGGAAAGAUGAAAUAUCCACAGAGAAAACAGGUGGCAAAAAGCUGGAAGACAUUCCUUCCAUUUCAACAGGCUCCCCUGGCACACCCCUCUCUCCAUCUGCACCGGUACCUAAUGGUACGCUGCUCAACGAGAUUGUUAACGACACGAAGACUCCGGUGAAGGAGCUGGGAACAAAUACAGUCCCAGAACUGCCUGUGGAGCAAAUGGUAGAAUUCAGCGUCACUCUCACUGAUCAAGAGUACACAGCUGAACUCAGUGAUCCCAACUCGCCACAGUACCGACAACUAGCUGCCAAAUUUCAGCAACAGAUGCAAAAAAUAUUUGAGAAACUUCCAGGAUUCAAAGAAAUCCAUGUAUUAGGAUUUAAACAGAAGAAGGAGAAAGACGGAUCAAGCAGCACUAUAGCACGAUAUGUGGUAAACUUUGAGAGAGACGGCUCAGAAAUCAAAAGCACAGCAGAUGACAUCUCAACUAUUGGAUCCAAUAAGGUUGAAAAUGAAAAAAUUCCAAUUUCUCCAAAGGAAGAGAGGGAGAUAUCAGCAACUAAACUCACAGUAACAGACCUUCAGCAACUAGUUGCCAUCGCACUCCAUGAAGACCAAUCCCUGCCAAUGGACCUUGGAACACUUCAGUUUACUGAUGAGUCUAUUAUACCACCUAGUGAUCUGGAUAAUGAUAUCCAGGCCAUGGUCACUAUUCCUCUGGCAGGCCCUGAUUUGGAGGACUCCAUGAGUGUGGAACUCCCACUAGGUUACCCCAGCCCAGCAACAGUGGACCAAACGGGAGACGUCUUCGUCAACGAAUUUACAACUGGAAUCCCUGUGCUAAGUGAAGAGAUCAGUGCCCCUGAAGACUUUAAUAAUUUUGUUUCUUCUGAGCCUGUGUUCCCUACAAAACCCUCCAGAGAACCGUUUCAGGACAAAUCUCCUCCAGACACAGCAUAUAUUGUUACUGAUCACCAAAGUUUCACAGUGCCUUUCAGUGCUCUGGGUAGCACUAGCAGUCCUCCAAAACCAGAGGAUUAUUCCUAUUUGCCUCCUCCAGCAGAUGAUUCUGCUAGCAAUGACUUAAUCACCGACGGCUAUGAGUCUCCAAUGGAGCAGGCUACCACACUGGCAGUUUAUACCACAGGUAGCUUUACCUCACCUAAUCUCCUGCAAGCCAGAGACGAGAGAAGUGAAGCUGAGAGGAAGAAAGAACUGACUGAUAUAACAGAGCCACCUUUCAAGGAAGCUGACCAAGAUAGUCCAUCUGGACAAG